AUGUUGGCUCGACAAAUGUGCCCAUGGAUGUGCGCGACUUGUUGCAUGACUAAGGAAUAUAAUUGUGAAAAUGCGACGAGUAUAUCGCCUUUAACGUCAGUUUGUAGAGACGAAAGACUGAACUGUGCUGCAGUUCGAGCCGCAAAUAGCUGUGGCGGUGUAUUUCGAACGACAAUGAUGCAACAGUGCGCGAAAACUUGCGGUUAUUGUGCCUAA